GUGAGAUUGACAAAGUAGAAGUUUAACAUUUAGCCACUGAAAAAACAGAGGAAGCGUGUUUCCACACACGUACAAUUAUUAUAUAGAGACCUUUUGGUCCAGUAAAAUAAUCCCUCAUAAAAAUUAGAAAAAAAAAACGAGAGUCGCUACAAUUAGCCAAUCCUUCUUAAUGUUAUUAAAUAACUCGACCUUAUGACAAAAAACAGCUAAUCAAGAACCCAAAAGAAAAAGAAGCCAUGGCAAUAAUCAGAAUGAAAUCCAAGUAUACAGUCAAACCAGCUGAGCCAACAUGGAAUGGCAUUCUACCCUUAUCAGAACUUGAUCAAAUUUCAGUAAUUACACAUUCAUCCGUCUUAUACUUUUACGAUAAACCAAUAAAAGAAGAAUGGCUUAAUCCAUCAAACAACAAAAUCAUGAAAACCCUUAAAGAAUCCUUAAGCCAUGCCUUAGUCCCAUUUUACCCAUUAGCAGGUCGACUGAGUUUCAAAGGUGAAGGACGAUUCGAACUCGAGUGUAAUGCAAUGGGAGCAGAGCUCGUCGAGGUCGAGUCUACCAUGAAACUGGCUGAUUUUGGUGAUUUUUACUCUUGUACAAAAAAGUUGCGGGAACUUCUCGUUCCAAUGAGUUAUUACACGAAACCAAUCCAAGACUUACCUGUGCUCGCAGUGCAGAUAACUCGAUUCAGAUGCGGCGGCCUUAGUCUUGGCAUGUCAAUGUCCCACGUCGUUGCUGAUGGGCGGAGUGCAUUCCAUUUCAUCAAGGAAUGGGGUAGGCUUGCCUUAGGUAAGCCACUAGAAGAAGCACCUUUCCUCGAUCGUCGCAUCUUGCGAGCUGAAGCUCAUCAGAGAACAGUAGUUGAUCAGAGUGAACGGAUGAACUACUUUAGUCAGCUGCGUUUAGGUGAAGAUAAGUGGGGGAAGCAGGUAUCUCCAACCUUUGUUGUAUUGACAAAGGACAUGAUUAUGAGGCUUAAGGAGGUGGCCAAUAGUAUUAGUAACCGGGAAAUUGUGAAGGACCAUCUGCGUCGUCCUUACAGUCGGUUUGAAGUUGUUGCAGCUCAUGUAUGGAGAUGUGUUUGUAAGGCACGCGAGCUCAAGAGCGAGGAUAUGUCAACGUUAAUGGUUGCUGUUGCCGCACAUGACAGAAUGGAGCCCCCAUUACCUUCAAGCUUCUUUGGAAACGCUGUAGUUGAUGCUGAAAUAUCUAGCAGCGUUGGGGAGCUGAUUUCAAGGCCACUAAGCUACGCUUGUAGUAUAGUCAGGGAGGCGAUCCAGAAGGUGACUAAUGAGUAUAUCUUAGCAAGCAUCGAGUUCUUGAAAAAACAGAAAAACCUAACCAAGUAUCAAUACAUUGAUGAUCGGGGAAUAAUGGAAGGUCCUGCGUAUGGUGAUCAUAACAUAACGGUUGUAAGUUGGUUAAACCUUUCCAGUCAUGGAGUAGACUUUGGAUGGGGAAAGGAGAUACAUAUGGGACCUCCUAUAGUCCAAACUUGUGAUGGUGAUAUUCAUCUUUCUCCUUAUAAGAACGACGGAUCCUUGAUAGUUGGUGUGUGCUUGCAACCUAACGAAAAAUUUGUGAAAUAUAUAACCUCUCCCAUUGUGUAAAUUGAAGCUAAGGCAUGCAUAUGGAAAGAUGUCAGAGAAAUUGUUUUAUGAACCUUGUGUUCUGAGGUGUUCUUCGACUCCAAUAAAGAAGUAUUUCACAAAUUUCUGGGAAAAAACUUGUGUUCUUCUAGGAAUUCUAAGGUGUUCUUCGACUCCAAAAAAGAAGUAAAAGAAAACUCUAGGUGUUAUAAGAACCUUGUGUUCUGUUUUACAUUA